AUGUCUGACCUCAUACAGCGUGAGAGGUCUCGCUCGCCCCGUCGCCGUUCUCGCAGUCCUCCCCGACGUACCCGUCGUUCGUACUCCCCCCGCAGCCGUUCUCGCAGCCGUGAGCGUGACGAAUACCGCCGUACCGAACGCCGUUCCCGAUCCCCAUUGAGUGCAUCUGGAGCAGCUGCCCCUUCAGGCUCUCCCUUCGGUGGACGCAGUGGAUACCCUCCGGCCCGAUUCGAGGACCGCACCGUUGCCAAAGAAAAUAUGAUGCAGACAGUUCGCGAUUCGUCCCAGCAAGACCGCCGAGUCUAUGUGGGCAACCUUUCCUACGAUGUUAAGUGGCAUCACCUUAAAGAUUUUAUGAGACAGGCUGGAGAAGUUCUCUUUGCCGAUGUGUUGCUUCUUCCAAAUGGAAUGUCGAAGGGAUGCGGGAUUGUGGAAUACGCGACUAGAGAGCAAGCACAGAACGCUGUGAAUACGCUUAGCAAUCAGAGCUUGAUGGGUCGACUUGUUUAUGUUCGUGAGGACCGCGAAUCCGAGCCUCGUUUCGUUGGAGGUCCCCCACGGGGCGACUUCGGCCCUGGUGCCCGAGGUGGAUUUGGUGGUGGUGGCUUCGGAGGUCCCCCAGGUGGUGGUGGCCGACAGAUUUAUGUCUCAAACCUUCCGUUCAAUGUCGGCUGGCAAGAUCUGAAGGAUUUGUUCCGUCAAGCUGCCCAGCAAGGUGCUGUCAUCCGUGCCGAUGUGCACACCGAUCCUAGCGGACGCCCCAAGGGCUCUGGAAUUGUUGCCUUCGAGUCCCCCGACGAUGCUCGCAAUGCCAUUGCCCAGUUCAAUGGAUACGAUUGGCAGGGUCGCGCUAUUGAGGUUCGUGAAGAUCGAUUUGCGGGUGGUGGUCCUGGCUUCGGUGGUCGUGGCGGCUUCGGAGGUGCUUUUGGUGGCCGUGGCGGUUUCGGCGGUCCUAUGGGCCGUGGAGGCUUCGGUGGUGGUCGCGGUGGCUUCGGCGGUGGCUUCGGCGGUCGUGGUGGCUUCGGCGGCCCCCCUGGCGGUCACGGCGGCUUCGCUGGUGGAUUUGAGCAAGGACCUCCUGUCCCUUCGGGUCCCCCGAACCCUUUCACCGAUUACGCCACUUCCAACGGCGAUAAGAGUGCUAUUAUUUAUGUUCGCAACCUGCCCUGGUCUACUUGUAACGAGGACUUGGUUGAUCUGUUCUCUACCAUCGGCAAGGUCGAUCGCGCUGAGAUCCAGUACGAGCCCAAUGGCCGCUCCCGCGGUACCGGCGUCGUCCAGUUCGACACUGCUGACACUGCUGAAACCGGCAUUGCCAAGUUCUCCGGUUACCAGUACGGUGGUCGUCCUCUGGGCAUCACCUUUGUCAAGUACAUGCACGCCGGCCCCUCUGGUCAUGAGGAAAUGGAAGGCCAAGAGCCAACCGGUGGUCUGACUCAAGACCAGAUUAUGUAA